AUGCAAAUUCUCUUAUUUACUGCCUAUUUAAUCCUUUGCUCAAAAGCAAUCGAAGAAUCAGAAUGUUAUCAGAUUGACCAAGUCAACAAAUGUAUCAAAGACAAAGAAGGUGAUAAAAAAUGUAAGGAUACUCUCACAAUCAAAGCAACAGACAUGCAACCACUGUGCGAAGGAGCUUUUAUGAACAACCAACUAAUUACGAAUUUUGUGUACGAACCUGCACAAAAAGUUGAGAUUGGUGCAAAAGCAUUCAAAGGUGCAACAAAAUUGGAAACAGUCACAAUCAAAAACAAAAUCAAGUCUCUUGGUGACGAAGCGUUCAGUGGAUGUGUUGCUCUGACCAAUAUUGAUGUUACAGGACUAACAACAAUUCCAGCAAAAUGUUUUGAGGGUUGCACCUCAUUGACAUCGGUCACUGCUAAUGAUGCUGUUACAACAUACGAAGAAAGCUCGUUCAAGAAUAGUGGUCUCACCAAAAUAACAUUUGCAGACACAAUUAUUAAAAUUGGAGACAAUGCCUUUUCUGGAACAAAAAUGACAACAAUCACAUUUCCCAAAACCGAUGUAACUUCUUUUGGGAAACAAGUUUUUGAAAAAAUAAUAACGUUAAUGCAUGCCGAUUUGUCUGAAAAUACAAUGAUUUCUGAAGGUACUUUUAUGGGAUGCACUAUGUUGAAUAAUGUUUCCAGAACACAGAAAGUUGCAACAGUUGGAAAAGACGCGUUCAAAGAUUGUGCUCAACUUGAAAACCUCAAUUUGUAUGCGCCACUCACAACAUUAUUAGACACACUACCAAAUGUGAAAAACUUGUUCUUCCAUGGUACUGCGGCUCCAGCAACUCUCCCAAAUGAUUUGAACAGCAAACUGAAUGUGUAUGUCACUGAAUACUACACAGCCUCUGUGUUUGGAAAGUUGACUGUUCUCAAGGCGAAAUGCACAAAUUCUGAAUGUGUUGAUGUCACUUCUGAUGUUGCACCAGCUGCAAAAAUAGCAGGAGAAUUUACACCAAAAUGUAAAAAAUGCCCAAACAAUUUCUUGAGUGUUGAUGGAAAUAACUAUUACUGCGAGUAUGAUAUGGCAGUUUGUUUGUCCAAGCAUCCCAAGUGCAAAGUGUGUGCUGUUGAUAAAUGCUACCAAUGUCAGGAAAACAAAUACUUGAAGGAAGACCUUUUCGAAUGUUUUGACAAGUGUGAUGAUGGGUAUUAUAGUGAUGAUUCAACCGCAACUUCAUUCAAAUGCAAGAAGUGUUUAGCAGAAUGCCAAAAUUGCACUGAUGGAAUUAAAUGCACUUCUUGUCCUAAAAAAGCACUGCUUCUUGAAGACACUGGGAAAUGUGUUACAUCCACUGAAUGUCCAUCUGGAUACUACAAAGAUACAACAGCAACAGCAUCAUGUAAGAAGUGCAAAACUGGAAGCAAUUGUUUGACUUGUGAAUCUGACUCAAAGUGUUUGUCUUGUAUUGAUGGUUUCUAUUUAACUAAGGAAGGAACAUGUUCUGCAUGUAAUACGAUUAAAGGGUGUGGGAAAUGCAAGUCAGCCACCGAGUGCACUGAAUGUACAACUGACAAUCUCCAACCAGACAAAACUUGCAAAAAGGAUUGCCCAGAAGCGUACUUUGCAAAGGACAAGGUGUGCACUGCAUGUGUUGAUGAUUGCAAGACGUGCACCGAAGAAACCAAGUGCACUAUUUGCAAAGAAGAUGCGCUGAUUGUUGAAGACACCAAAAAGUGUGUGAAAGGCAACUGUCCAGAAAUGUAUUUCAAAGAUAAUGCUGGGAAGAUGUGCAAGAGGUGCACUGAUGGUUGCAAAGUGUGCAGCAAUGCAACUGACUGCCAAGAGUGUGUUGCACCAAAGAUGUUGGAGGAGGGAACUAUGAAGUGUGUUGAGAAAUGUGGAGAUGGGUUCUUCAAUGUCGACAACAAAAAGUGUGACAUGUGCAUGGCAAACUGCAUGACGUGUGCAGCAAAGGAAAAGUGUGAUAAGUGCAAAGACAACUAUUUUAUGUCCGAUGACAAAUGUGUUGACAUGUGUCCAGAAAAGUACUUUGAAAAAGAAGGAAAGUGCGAGAAGUGCAAAGACACUUACGAUACGCCAUGUAAACAAGGCGACACUGAAUGCGAGGUUUGUAUGACCAAAAGUGGGACAUUGAAGGUGUUAGUGGUAGCUGUGGUGUUUGUCUUGAUGAUGCCUUUCUAA